AUCUUGUCCAUCGCUUGAAGCGUUUUCAGAACCUUUCGUCAUUUCGUGGAGUAAAGUUCGGGAAAUCUGUAAUCCGGCAGAAAAAUGGCCGCCAAAAAAGCUGGCACGGAGCUUGUAAAAAGUAUUGCUGAAUUCUCAGGCAAUUCCAAAGGAUUUGACCGGAUUAUGAAAAUGAUCAAAAUCACGGCCGGUGGUGAUGGGCGUGCUGUAGGAGAAUUCACUGUAGCGCCGGAGCAUUUGAAUCUUGCGGGGACCCUCCAUGGAGGUCUGACAGCUUCAAUCGUGGAUAAUGUCACCACCUUCGCUUUAAUGUCCAAAGGGGCCCACCCUGGAGUUACAGCCAACCUAAAUGUUAGCUACAUGGCACCCGCAAGGGUGGGAGAUCUGGUGGAGAUCGAGGCUACCACCAUUCGAGCUGGAAAGACCAUGGCCUAUUUGGAUUGUGUAUUGAGGCUUAAGGAAGGUGGAAAAAUAGUCGCCAAAGGUGGCCAAACCAAGUUCAUUGGCUUUGCCAAGGAAUGAGCAAAAUUAUUAAGUCAUUUCUCGAACAAAUAAUCCA